CUCAGAAACAUGUGGGACUAUAUCAUACCACGGUCGCAUGUUUAUUACGUGCUACUGCCUUUAACCUCUAAUCGGUACGAAAGUAUGAUAACUCCUGGAUUUGUUUUUUUGAGUGAAGUUAACAGUAUAUAUAACAGCGAAGUAGAUUCAAUUAUUAAACAAAAAGAAGUAACAUGUUUCAUAGCACGAAAUGUGAUACAAGAAAUGUUUAGUGAGUGGGUAGCUACAUGUAAUCAAUCGGAUUUUUGGUUUAUCGAAGGAUUUUCAACAGUAUAUGGAGUUUAUAGUUGGGACAAGAGUUUAAUGAAGUCAAUUGUGGUCCAGACACGACGAAACGUUUUGGAUUAUGCAGAAGCAUGUAGUACAUAUGAUUUUGGAAUUCAAGAAGAAUCGUUUACAGCUCUAAAUUCAACUGUUAGGAAAAUGUGGCGAGAAAAGGCAUUCGGCAUCUUUUAUAUGCUUAGUCAUAUCUUUGUUGAAGAAGAUUUCUUAUAUACUUCUAUGUUUCAACAGGCCGUAAACUUAUAUUAUAACAUUGAUACUACAUCAGAUAAGGUACAUAAUGAACAGUCAAUUUUUGAUAAAUUAUGGUACGGAAAGUAUGAAGCGUCUUCCUUAUAUAAGUCUGUCUACUUUACGACAGAGAGUACAAAAAUAAUAACUUCUUGGAUAACACAAUUUGGUUAUCCGGUGUUACAAAUAAACCGACACAAUGAUACACAUGUAACAAUGUCUGUCAGAGACUGUUUUACCGUUGAUCACAAAAAACAGUGCGAACUAAAUUGGUGGAUACCUGUUACUGUUAAAAAACUACUACAUACAAAAAGUACUGUCACGUAUAGUGAUAUCCUAACACCAUACAAAACAUAUAUUCGUUCAUGGCUGAGUAAUAAAAAUGAGAUUGUGAUUGUCGCGGAUUCCACUGGAUAUCGUGUCAACUAUGACCGUGAAUCUUGGACACACAUUGCUUUUUUCUUAAAAACUGUUGAUCUGAAGAUCACUGAUUUAUCUGACGUCACUGUAGCACAAAUAUUAGACGAUGCUUUUUAUUUUUUGGUGCAAAAUACAGAAUAUAACGACAAUUCUACUUCAGAUAAUAGUGAUCUAAACAUAUAUCUUGAAAUUGCAAGCAGUAUAUUUCAUGCAAACAAUUCCUACAUAAUGUGGUAUCCUAUAUGUUUUGCUCUUGAAAACAUGUCGAAGAUAUUUCCGUUUCGAGAAACUGUGUUUACCAGAAACAUCAAGGAUACACUUUUGGUAAUAUUGAAUAGAUUUCUUGAUAAUAUAUCAUAUACACAGUGGUCCCAAAAUAGUGUCAAUAAUCAAUUUUAUCAUGAAGUUUUAAAAUGGACAUGCGUUCUCGGUGAUUUAAAAUGCAAAGAACAUGUUAAUGGAAUAUUAGAAUGGCAUUUUAAAAAUCUUGCACAAAACAAACUUUUGCCAAGUUGGAAGAAAUGGUUAUAUUGUCAAGGAUUAAUGGUAGAAACUGUCACGUAUAAUAAGUCUGCUUUGUGGCAAAAAAUUUUUCACAUAUAUCAAACACAAGAAAAAGGAAAAGAAUUCUUAGAAUUUUUGCCUUGCUCUAGAAAACAUGAGGACAUUUAUGUUUUUCUCUAUUUUCUUGAUCAUAACUUUGUAUCAAUACCUGGAAGUAGUUUGAAUACAAAAAAAGUUCCUACUGAAAAUAUUAUAAUUGCAGAGAAAAGUGUUACUGUUACUGUACUUUUCACUCUUUUUGCUUUGCAGUCGAAAACUACUUCCGUGCUAAAUAAUAUACGAUUUGGACUACAAACUGGAAUAGUAAGAGGCGUGAACAUACUACCAAUAAUAAAUUGUAUUAUUAACAACAUAUAUUCCAACGACGACCUGUUCAUGAUCACUAACGAAAUGUUCUUACAGAAACUGCUUCAUAUAUACCUGAUAAAGGAUCCAUAUAUUCUCGAUGCCAUUAAAAAGAAAGUGGAAAAUCGUCGUAGUUUCCUAAGUGAAAUGCAAACUAUACUUCGUUUUGAACCCCAGUACGUUUUUAAUUACAAACACAUGAAAAUAUAAAGUUUUUUUUUAGAAUGUGUUUUUUUUUGCAUGUAAACAAACGAUUUUAGUUACAAGA